GCUGUAUCACUCGGAAAAAGUAUUUUGCUGGUAUUUUGUUCAUUUAGAUAGAUUUUGAAUACUAUUGUCCUUUAGUUGGUAUAUAAAAUUAAAAAUGAAAUAAUAAUAUCAUUUUAACUGCAAUGGAUUUAGAAGGAGAAGAGUGUGGAAGCCACAGUGGAUCCAGUCCAAUCCAGAUGCAGCCAGACUACUUGGAUGGUCAAGGUCAAGACAACUCAAGGUCAAUGCCCCAUUCACAACAUCAAGGACCAGACAUGGACAACUGUAAUUGGCCAAUCCAUGAACCAGAUCAACAUCAAGACACCAUUGAAGAUAAGUAUCACAUCCAACUCAAUGUGGAUAAUCAAAGUGUAUACUUGGACCACAAUUACUCCAAACAUCCCAUUGAAAUAAUUCGGAUCAAACCAGAGGAACUAAUUGAAGAAGAUGAGGAAGAAAAAGAAGAAGAAGAACAACAACAAUGUGGAGUAGAUAUUGGAGUGAGAAGUGGAGAAAUAAAGCAAGAGAGUGACACCUGUCUGCAGAUUGAAAGGACCUAUUCUCUCUCCUCAGAUAGACUGAAUUCUGACCUCUCUGUUAUUGAAAAAAUUAAAUUUGAAACUGGGGAAAUUAAGGAGGAACAACAAUCUUUUGAAACAGACCAUUCAGAUGCAUUGAUGCAAAUUGAAGGUUUUUCUUCUGAUCAAGUAUCUGAGAAUUAUGAAAGUGAGAAUGUGUCAUCUGGACUGUGUAUACCAUACUAUGAGGAACGAGAAGGUUCAAGCUCUGAUAGGUCUGUUGAUGCAACUCCUGGAAACUUUAUGAUGAAAGAUUCUGAAAAAAAUUGCAAUGAGGUAGACUUACAUAUCGAAAAUGCAAGGAAGAAUGUGAUUGAUAGUGAAUUAACAAAGUGUCAGUUGUGUGAUGAAGCAUUCAGCAGCACUAGAGAAUUGAAUCUUCAUUGUAGAAUACACACAGCUGGAAAACAUGCUUGCAAAUUCUGUAACUACAAAACAAAAAGGAAAUCACAACUCAUCAUUCAUCUAAGGACACACACAGCAGAAAGACCCUUUAGCUGUGAUUUGUGUGACUACAAAGCAACAAAGAAAUCAAAUCUUAUAAGUCAUUUAAAGUUACAUAAAGGAGAAAGACCCUUCAGCUGUGAUUCGUGUGACUACAAAGCAACACAGAAAUCAAAUCUUAUUAGACAUUUAAAGUUACAUAAAGGAGAUAGACCCUUCAGCUGUGAUUUGUGUGACUACAAAGCAACACACAAAUCAAAUCUUAUUAGACAUUUGAAGUCACACACAGGAGAAAGACCCUUCAGCUGUGAUUUGUGUGACUACAAAGCAAUACACAAAUCUAUGCUUAUCAGCCAUAUAAGGUCACACACAGGAGAAAGACCCUUCAGUUGUGAAUAUUGUGACUACAAAGCAACACAGAAAUCAACUCUCAUCCAUCAUCUAAUGUCACACACAGGAGAAAGACCCUUCAGCUGUGAUCUGUGUGACUACAAAGCAACACGGAAAUCAACUCUCAUCCGUCAUCUAAUGACACACACAGGAGAAAGACCCUUCAGCUGUAAUUUGUGUGACUACAAAACAACUCGUAAAUCAAUCCUUAUCAGACAUUCAAAGUCACACACUGGACAAAAAUGCCUCUUGCGGUAAUUUCUGUGAAUAUGAAUCAAUAUAACAUAUACAUAAUUAUUAUAUUAUUCAUACAAAAGUUGCUAAUACUAAACUUAGUCCUAAUUAUGAUAUCCCACUAUAAUAAGAUGUGUGGGUGUAAUCAUUAUAUUCUUUUCUAAAACAUGUAUAAAAAUGUAUUCAAUAAUUUCAGUUAUAAAGGUUAGUAAUUAGUUAGUUAUAAAGGUUAGGUAGAAUAUAAUACUCAUAGAUAUAUUAAACCAUCGACUUGAAUCUUAGACCCCACUUCACUAGGUCAAUUAAGCAAGGAAUUUCUGUAUUUUAAUAUCUGCUUAUUUUUAUUUAUUUAUAUCUGGUUAUUUGUGUUCAACGGUUCUUGAAAACAACUCUAACGAUUUUCACAAAAUUUGGAACAUAGUAGGUUUAUGAUAUAAAAAUUCGAUUGCACUAGGUCUCAUCCCCGGGAAAAUUGCUGAAGGACAUGAAAAUGAUAAUAAUUAUUCAUCCUUGAAAAAAUGGAUAAUAAUUCCAUCCACUGUCAAAAGAGAAGAUGUGUGUGUGGGAGAGAAAAAUAACUAUUUACAGCUGUUUUAUCUAUUAGCAAGAAAUAUUAUAUAAUUUUUUUUAUUUACUUGAUCAAAAUAAUCUGAUUUGUUGACAUGACAUGAUAAUCAUUCUAAACUAGAGUAUAUCAUAAUUUUCAAAGUUAAUAAUUAUUUGACAAUUUUAAGUGAUUUGUGAGUGUUAAUUUGUUAUUCAAUUUGGUUUGUAAAUAAUAAUCCAAAUUAGAACUUUUUUGUUUUUCAAUGUUUGGACUAAAAAUUGAACCUGAAUUCAAGUGUAUGAAACAUAAUCUACUUUCUGGACUAUUCACAGUGUAUAAAUCAAAAUUUGGGGAAGAAACAGUUUUGGGCUGUGCCUGUUAGUCCUUCUGCAAUUAUUUUAAAAAAUUGUGUUCUUUUUAUCAAUAGUUUAUAAAUAAAUAAUUAGCAAAGCUCUGUGCCCCAAUAUUUGUUUGUUAAUAUUAGAUGAUUCUUUCUCUCUUUCUCAUAAAUUUUGAAACCUACCACUAUCACUUGUACAAUAAUAAUAAUUAGAGAAGAAAAAAUAUAUAAAAAUUAAUUGAUGUGUUAUGUUUUGUGUUUAUAUACCUAAAUCAAAAAAGCUAUUUGACCAUUUAUAUUGUAAUUUGUAACAUCAUACUGUGAGCACUCUUCAAAUGGGGAGCAAUGAUGUUGUUGUUGUAUUGAGAAGUUGGUAACACUGUCAGAUGAUGAUGGCACUGGUGUGGUGCGUGUAUGUGUUCUGCAGAAUGACUGGACAACAUAAUUAUAAUUAUAAAAUAAAGUGCUCUUAUACAGUAAAAUAUUGCUUUGUGCUUAUUUAUAAAAUACUACAUGGCGCAGUCGGAAAUAAUGACAAAAUUAAAAGUUGACAGAAAUUAUUGUGAUAUCUAAGUGGUUAUCUUUUGUGAAAGUGAAUCUGGGAGUACGUUAUGGAUAAU